GCAGCAUCACUUGGUGCGAGAGGAGGAGGAGGGGGAGGUGGGAAGCAGCUCGUCCUGUUUAUUUCAUCCUUAACAGCUUUAUGCGCUUAUAGGGAUGGACCUGUCUCCGGGCGACCCUCAGGCUGCUCUGCCACCUCCUUCCUCGGACUGAGCAGGUACAGGGGUGUCUGUGGGACAUGCCCGGGAUUCCUGUCAGCAGCAGCAGCCUCAGCCUGUGACUGGAGACAAGCGGAGCAGAAGGAGGAUUCUCUGGUUGCUAAGAGGACUUGAGUGGGCUCUGACUGACGCACAACUUCAUUAUAUAUAUGCAAAACAGUGUUUGGGACAAAUCAAUCAUGGCUCAGUCCUCUGACGCAAGUGUUGUGGGAGUUCCUGAUCCUGAGGACAACACUCCCAACAUGAUUGUCUACAGAAAAAUAGAAGAUAUUAUCACACGGAUGCAAGAUGAUAAAGCUGGUGGGGUACCAAUCCGAACAGUCAAAAGCUUCCUGUCUAAAAUUCCCAGUGUGGUGACAGGGGCCGAUAUUGUGCAGUGGCUGGUAAAGAAUCUCAUCAUUGAAGACCCAGCUGAAGCAAUACAUUUAGGAAGCCUUAUAGCAGCCCAGGGUUAUAUCUUUCCCAUAUCAGAUCAUGUUCUCACAUUGAAGGAUGAUGGCACCUUUUAUCGUUUUCAGGCUCCUUAUUUUUGGCCUUCAAACUGCUGGGAACCAGAAAACACAGACUAUGCUAUAUAUCUAUGCAAGCGAACCAUGCAGAACAAGGCAAGGCUGGAGCUCGCCGAUUAUGAAGCCGAAAACUUAGCAAGACUUCAGCGAGCUUUUGCAAGGAAAUGGGAAUUCAUCUUUAUGCAAGCGGAGGCACAAGUCAAGAUUGACAGAAAAAAAGAUAAAACAGAAAGAAAAAUCCUGGACAGCCAAGAAAGGGGAUUCUGGGAUGUGCAUCGGCCAGUGCCUGGAUGUGUGAACACAACAGAGAUGGACAUUAGAAAGUGUCGCAGAAUGAAAAAUCCUCAGAAGGUCAAAAAGUCAGUAUACGGCGUGUCCGAAGAUUCCCAGUCUCAGAGCCCAGUGCACAUGGCAUCUCAUGUGAUUAGAAAAACAACAAAAGAUGACUUGCGAAAACAGAUUAAUUUUCUGAAUGUUCAGAUAGAUCGACAUUGUUUAAAAAUGUCCAAAGUAGCCGACAGCUUCAUUGCAUUUACAGAACAGUAUGCAGAAUAUGACCCUUUUCUUACCCCUCCUGAAUCCUCCAAUCCAUGGAUAAGUGAUGACACAACAUUGUGGGAUUUAGAAAACAGCAAAGAGCCAAGCCAACAGCGCGUGAAGAGGUGGGGCUUCACCCUCAAUGAAGUAUUAAAGGACCCGGUUGGGAGAGAACAGUUCCUUCGGUUUUUGGAGUCAGAGUUCAGUUCUGAAAACCUCAGGUUCUGGGUGGUGGUUCAAGAUCUUAAGAAGCAGCCUUUGCAUGAAGUUUCCAAAAGAGUGGAGGAGAUAUGGCAAGAAUUUCUGGCUCCAGGAGCGCAAAGUGCCAUCAAUUUAGAUUCCCACAGUUUUGAGAAAACAAGCCAAAACGUCAAAGACCCAGGGAGGUACACAUUUGAAGAUGCACAGGAGCACAUCUACAAGCUGAUGAAGAGUGACAGUUAUGCACGUUUCCUGCGCUCCAAUGCCUACCAGGACUUGUUGCUAAUGAAAAAGAAGACUGAGAAUGAGCAAGGUCGUAGAACCUCGUUAGAAAAGUUCACUCGCAGUGUGGGGAAGUCUUUGACAUCCAAGCGCCUCACGGGCCUCAUGCAAUCCUCCUGACAGCCCAGGAUGGAAGAGCGAUCACUAGGUACCUGACAUCCUUUGGAUGAGGGUCGGUUUUAGGCAAGAACAUGGGUCACUGUGAAAGCAAAAAUAAAGAAAAGGAAGAUGGAAUUCAUCCAGUUCCCAACAGAUGUUCUUUUGUCCCUUGUUUACAUCAACACUUUAUGCUUGAGCAGCUUCGUGAUGACCCUGAGUUGCCAAGUACAUUUUCUGUGUGUUUUUUUUUUUAGUUUGAUAUUUGGAAAUCACAUACUAUGGUUGUGGGAGGGUCAACGAGAAGGAUGUAUUUAAACCAAAUCAGCAAUAACCGGAGACAAAACCAAGAUGGAUAACAAAACUUUCAUCUCCAUUCUAUUUGGCAUCCAGCUGCAACUGAUAUCUCCUCCGCUGGCAGAAGCACCUCAUUCCGACUGACCACCCGAAACUGCCGUUCAUUAAAACAUUUAUGAACCUGUUUCUCCUGCGACCUCUGCUGCAGAUAUUUGACUUUAUUGUGUGUGUGUGUCCCAGUCAAAGAUACAACUGAAAAAAAUGUUUGCUCUGCAUAGUCUAUCCUUCCAUACGCAUGAUGCUGCUCCAAAGAUAGCGUUACCAGUCAAGGUGAAAAACAAGGUCGUUGGAUAAACUUAUAUAGCAAGUCAUUGAUUUCCCAUUUUUUUUAACCUUUUGUUGCCACUGCAUGCAUUUCAAGUACAAACCUGCACUGUCGUCCCCACAGUAAACGUCACAUUUUCUUCCAGUAUAAAAUCAUCAGUGCUGAGGCACACAGGCAUUACUGCGUGUGGUAUAUUUUGCGAGAUAUUAGACUUAUCCAUGGCAACUUGUAUCUCACAGUAAAAUCUGCUGAAGUAUAUUCAAUAGGAAAAAAAAAAAGUUAUCACGUAGAUAUCUGCUAUUAGGAGUGUAAGACAUUUCCCAACGUUUCUGGAUAUAACAGAAUAUGCUUAGUAUAAUCUUAGAGGAACUACAAUCAACAUGUCACCACUAGAAAGAGUAAGAAAAAAAUAAAUAUUCAUGUUCCACAGUGGGCACAAUUACGUUGUCAUUUUGAAAAUGCUGAUGGCUUUGUGGGUUUCCUUCAAAACAGAAACUAACUUAUAGUAGUAAAUUGAUUUGAAAGCAA